AUGAUUUCAUAUGCUGAUUCCUUCGAGCUUGGCCUCUCUGUUUCUGGUCGGGCUAAUGAACUUAUUUCCCAUGACCGUUCUUCCGGUUGUCUGCCCUUCCCGAUCCGACUUGUUAACUGCGGGUAUCACCGCAAUAAACGUUCAACGACACAAUCCGCUUCUGGUCAAUCCAAACCAGUUAGGACAGUCAACUCUUCCACCCUAACGAGUACCGCAAUGACACGCAACCACAUUUCGUCGACCUCGACGCCAUUAUCAAAUCAUUCCUCAGGCCCACCCACCUGUGAGGGGUUACAUCAGUAUUCUUCUGGCUGUUACGACUCUGCAACUCCCAGGGUUGGUGAUGCUAAUAGAGAACUCGCCACUUCAGGUCCUGCUUCGCUCAGCUCAGCGACUCAUGGCUUAGGUUCUAGGUUUCAAGCUGUCGUUAAUGCUGGUCUCGAGGCAGGCGCUUUCAGCUCUACCUCUGAAGGUUCGUACAGAAAUAUUCACCUAUAUACUCUUAUUCUCUUAUCACCAGUUCUCCCGACUUAG